ACGCUAACGGUUUAGCCGCAUCGCCGCACUAGCAUUUCAAGUAGACCAACUUGUAUUCACUCACAAUGGCGAGAUAGUUGGCGAGACUGAGGAUGUUGCCGCGCUCCGUUACACAUAACACCUUUCAUUUCCCGUGACUGUUCAUCGAUUCAUACUUGAAAAGGACGGAGAGGACUUCACGAUUCCGGUCAUGGCCAAUGUGGAGCGGAUAGAUGGUGAUUAGAUGGCAGUGGGUGGUGAUAUAUGGGGACUGAAGUGCUGCAACGUAUACACCGUCAGUAAACAGUGAUCAGUGGCAGUGACCAUGCUUGGACCUAAAGCCAGUAUUGUGGACGGGAUUGCUGCAGCAGGUGGCGUUUAAAAAAAAAAAAAAAAAAAAGGAAGAAAAAAAAAAGACACAAAUAAAUAAAAACCCUUGACUCAUUUAUUUUGGGUCUAGAGGUGUGAAUAUGGCAGGCAGGAGUCGGAGAUCAUGGUUCAGUGUGCUGCUAGGUCUGGUGGUCGGGUUCACCCUGGCAUCCAGGCUGAUUCUGCCACGAGCCACCGAGCUGAAAAAAGCGAGUCAGAAGCGGCGGGCGAACGGUGGCUGCGGUGGUGGAGGGAUUAUGACGACGAGGAAGGAGUAUGGAGGGCUGCUGAUGCACAGUACGGAGAAGCCCGCGGUGCCUCAUUCCAGCAGUUUCCUGUUUGUGGGUGUCAUGACCGCACAGAAGUACCUGAAUAACCGCGCAGUGGCCGCUUAUAGGACCUGGGCCAAAACCAUUCCUGGCAGAGUGGAGUUUUUCUCCAGCGAGGGUUCCGACACGUCAAUCCCCAUCCCCAUUGUGGCUCUGCAGAAUGUGGACGACUCAUACCCUCCACAGAAGAAGUCCUUCAUGAUGCUCAAGUACAUGCACGACCACUACCUGGACCAGUUUGAGUGGUUUAUGCGAGCUGACGAUGACGUCUACAUCAAAAGUGAAAAGCUGGAAAGCUUUCUGAGGAGUCUAAACAGCAGUGAGGCCAUCUUCCUUGGCCAGACAGGUAUGGGUGCCCGCGAUGAACUGGGCAAACUGGCCUUGGAACCUGGGGAGAACUUUUGCAUGGGUGGCCCAGGUGUGAUCAUGAGCCGGGAGGUACUGCGCAGGAUGGUGCCCCACAUCCGUCAGUGCCUGCAGGAGAUGUACACCACCCAUGAGGAUGUGGAGGUGGGCCGCUGUGUGCGCCGUUUUGCCGGUGUACAGUGUGUCUGGUCCUACGAGAUGCAGCAACUGUUUUAUGAGAACUAUGAGCCAAACAAGAAGGGCUACAUCCGUGACCUCCACAACAGCAAGAUACAUAGGGCCAUAACUCUUCAUCCCAACAAGAACCCACCAUACCAGUAUCGACUGCAUAGCUACAUAUUGAGCCGCAAGAUUGCAGAACUGCGCCACCGCACCAUUCAGCUUCAUCGCGAGAUCGUGCAGAUGAGUCGUUAUAGCAAUACCGAGGUGCACAAGGAAGACCUGCAAUUGGGAAUGCCUCCUUCUUUCAUGCGCUUUCAUCCCUACCAACGAGAGGAGGUGUUGGAGUGGGAGUUCCUUACAGGGAAGUAUAUUUUCUCAUCCUCGGACAGACAACCUCCACGCCGUGGCAUUGACUCCUCGCAGAAGAUGGCGCUGGACGACAUCAUUAUGCAGGUCAUGGAAAUGAUUAACGCCAAUGCCAAGACGCGUGGUAGAGUCAUUGACUUCAAAGAGAUCCAGUAUGGAUACCGGAGGCUCAACCCCAUGUAUGGGGCAGAGUAUGUACUUGAUCUGCUGCUACUUUAUAAAAAGCACAAGGGGAAGACCAUGACCGUGCCUGUUAGGAGGCAUGCUUAUCUUCAGCAGACCUUCAGCAAGAUUCACUUCCUGGAAGAGGACGAGAUGGAUGCUCGAGUGCUGGCUGCCAGGAUCAACCAGGACUCGGACUCGCUCUCCUUCCUGUCUAAUUCUCUCAAGAUGCUCGUUCCAUUCAAGCUGAGUGGCCCAGGCAUAGAACUGCAUGAACCUAAAGAAAAGAAGAUCAACAUGCUUGUGCCGCUGGCGGGACGCUAUGAGAUCUUCAUGCGCUUCAUGGCAAACUUUGAGAAGAUCUGCCUCAUCCCCAACCAGAACAUCAAGCUGCUGAUUCUGCUCUUUAGCACUGACAAUAACACAGAACGUAUUAAGCAGAUCGAGCUGAUGAGGGAGUAUCAUAUGAAGUAUCCAAAAGCCGAUAUGGAGAUCAAGCCAGUUUCCGGCCCAUUCUCCCGUGCUCUGGCCCUGGAGGUCGGAUCGGCCCACUUCACCAAUGAUUCCUUACUCUUCUACUGUGAUGUGGACUUACUGUUUACUUCUGAAUUCUUGACGAGAUGUCGUGGAAAUACCAUACUUGGCGAACAGACAUACUUUCCCAUCAUCUUCAGCCAGUAUGACCCAAAGGUUGUCUAUGCGGGUAAGGUGGCCAGUGAGAACCACUACAUGUUCACAUCGAAAACAGGCUUGUGGAGGCACUACGGUUUUGGUAUCGUCUGUGUAUACAAAAGAGAUUUGAUCAAAGCAGGUGGCUUUGACGUCACCAUCCAAGGAUGGGGACUGGAAGACGUGGACCUCUUCAAUAAAUUUGUCCAGUCUGGGAUUAAGCUAUUCCGUAGCACAGACACUGGUAUUGUGCAUGUUCAUCAUCCCGUCGUCUGCGACCCCAACCUAGAUCCCAAACAGUACAAAAUGUGCCUGGGUUCCAAAGCGUCCUCACAUGGCUCAACGCAGCAACUGGCGGAGCUGUGGUUGGAGAAGAACGACCACGAUUUCCAAAAGAUUUCGAACUCCAAUAAUGAAUCAGUGAGGACAGAAUAGACCUAGCAAGUACAGACCCAUCCGUCUUCCUCUUCAUGGUGUUUUUUUGAACUACCUUAUUGAUUUUUUUUUUUUUUUUUUU